AUGUCGAAAAAAAUUGUAGUGCUUCCGAUAUGUUAUUUUCCAAGGCGAUAUCUCAUGAUCCUUCAGCUCCACAUUCUUUUACUACUCUUGCUUUUCCCAGCCAAGGAAUGUACCAUGCCAGAAGCAAGUCAAGAAGGACUGCUACACUCAUUCAAAAGUUACUCGGAUAUAGCAAUGUUUCAUUACACAGUUCCAAAAGAGGUGCUCAGAGCCACUUGGCAGUUUGCUGCAUUUAUGGACAGACUAGAUUGUCCAGAAAGAAAAGUGCAUAUAUACCUGCAGUGGGGCAGUUAUCCUGUGAUAUCUGUAAAUGAUACAUUCCCUCAUGAUAUGUAUUCCAAGCGUAAUCAAACAAUUGUAGUGUCUGCAAUCACAACAUUUGAACCAAAAACAACUGCAAUUGUCCCAGUUUAUGGACCAGAAUCUGGAGAUUGGUUUGUGGGAGCUUAUUUGUCUUACUGGGAUGAAAAAGUUCAACAGCAGGGGCUUGGACACAAAUGCCAUUAUAGCAUAGGUUCUGUAGCUAUAUGGACACAGACAAAUAGUAUUGAGAACAUACCUACUGGCUGUCAGCAUACAUUAAGAACAAGAGAAACUACUUCCUAUUACAAAAUAUACAUACCAUCAGGAACAUGGAAUUUUCAAGUACAUAUUUGGGGUUGUAAUUUUACCGUGUACACAUCUCAUAGUAUACAUGAUCCUUGCAUUCAAAGUGUGGCCUUACAAGGACGCUCCCUACCUGUUUUCAAUCACUCUGAACCCAAUGAAAUUGGAAACUUUACUAUGUUAGACUCAUAUACCUUUACAGAAGCUUCCCCUUAUGAGGACAGUUAUUAUUAUCUGAUGAUUAUUUCAGAUAGUGUCAUUGAAGUAAAUGUGAAAGUAGUCACUGCAGAAUGUCCUAUCAGAGUAACAGAGAAGUCUUUUGUAAGACAAUAUUUAGAUGCACCUUCAUUUUCUAAGGCAUUAGCUCAAUUACGUAUGAAAGAUUUAACGAAACAUCAUACCCAUCGUGACGAAGAAAACAGUAAUAAUAAUAAUAUAUCAUUGUACAGUGGAAUUGAUUUUAGAAAUCAAUUUCGUAUAUCGGAUUUAGGUGUUGAUGAUUCGUGUGUUCCAAGAUAUCAACUUGCCAGGAUUAAGCAUUCACAAACAUUUUCUGGUGUUUACUUGUUACAGGGUAAAGAAUGGUUAACUUCUUGGGUAAUGUUAACGGAUGAACAUCCGGUAAUAACACAAUUUAAUAUAUUGCCAUUAAUAGACGUCGGUGGUACACUUGAUAUUAGUGUACAUUUAGAAAUGGACAAAAUCAUGACAAGACAGUUGGUUAAAGUUAUACUUUGUAUUCGACGUGGUCGUGUUCCAGAUAGAGUUAAGGGUAGUAUCGUAUGUGAGGAUUCGAGAAUGUUAAUGAACUUAUCGUCUUUCGAUAAACAUGAUUCAACUUUGUUAAUACCGUAUCCACAGCCAGAUACGUGGUAUGUUGCUUUGCAUGCAACAUGUCAUUACAAUGAACGUCCUGUAAAUUGCGAAAUGGAAGAAAUUCUAGUGUCGCUGGAUAUACGAACCAGGCAGUGUGUGUUCCCUGGAAACUACCCAUGUGGUCACCAUGGAAUUUGUCAGGAAAUUCAUCGAGAUAUUCUUUAUUAUACAACGUGUAAAUGCUUUGAAGGAUAUAAGGGAUGGGGCUGUACUGAUGCUACUAGUGCCAGUCCUGAGUCAUCUCUUCUCAUGACAACACUGAUGCUCACUUUAAGUAAUGGUUUCUUCAUACCUGCUAUAUAUUUAGCUGUUAAGCGAGAAUUAUAUACAGAGGGAUUAGUUUAUAUGGCAACCAUGCUUUUUUCGUCUCUGUAUCAUGCUUGUGAUCAACACGUUAUGACAUAUUGUGUUGCUAAAUAUGAAGUUCUGCAAUACAGUGACUUCUUUUCAAGUAUAUUAGCGUUUUGGGUAACGCUCGUUGCAAUGGCUGAAAUACCAACUCGUUUUGUAUCUUUGUGCCACAUGUUUGGAGUUCUAAUAAUAGCUUUUGGAGUAGAGUCCAAUAAAACAAGCCUAACUAGUAUAUUAGUACCUUUAGGAAUGGGCGUUAUGAUUCCAAUGGGAACAUACGUUUAUCGUUGUUACCAGUUGAAAAAGUGGAAAAAACCUGAUAGGAUUUCAAAAUUAUUUGUGGGAUUGUUAUUGGCAACAAUAGGUUUGUUGCUCUUUUCUUUAGUUGAAACAGAAGCUAAUUAUCAAUAUGUUCAUAGCGUGUGGCAUAUGAUAAUAGCAAUUUCAUUAGUGUUCUUGCUACCGCCAUCACGAUUCGAACAAGCUGGUUCUUCAGGUACAAACUCAUUCAGCGACGAUAGUGAAUUACUUGAUUAUAAGGAUACACCUGACAGUCCGAUUUUUACGGUGACUACUGGUCAGGAAAAUUUGGUAAUUGCAUCGAACUGA